AUGGCCACCACAACGGUUAAGGUGGAUGGGAUGACCUGUGGCGCCUGUACUUCCGCUGUGGAAGGUGCAUUUCAAGGUGUUGAGGGUGCGGGAAAUGUGUCAGUGAGUCUAAUGAUGAGCCGGGCCGUCGUCCACCACGAUCCUACCUUAUUAUCGCCGGAAAAAGUCGCCCAAACGAUCGAAGACAGCGGAUUCGAUGCAUCCAUUCUAUCUACCGAUACCUCAUCGGUGAAGCAGACUGGGCACAAUAAUGAGGGGCCUUCGGUCUCCACGACCACCCUAGCGGUGGAAGGGAUGACGUGUGGCGCUUGUACGUCCGCCGUCGAAUCAGGUGUGAAAAAGACGCCCGGUGUCAAAUCCAUCAAUGUUUCGCUGCUUUCCGAGCGCGCAGUGGUUGAAUACGAUCCGUCCAGCAUUACUCCGGAAGAAAUUGCUGAGGCGAUUGAGGAUCGCGGCUUUGGUGCGACGGUGAUGGGAACGUCGCCCCAGGAUAGUUCGCAAGAGAUUGAGGGCCAGAACUCUAGGUUGAAGGUUACCACAGUUGCUAUUGAUGGUAUGACAUGUGGCGCAUGCACCUCGAGUGUUCAGAGUGCCUUGAAAGAUGUGGAAGGCCUCGUCCAGUUCAAUAUUAGUUUGCUUGCUGAGCGUGCGAUAAUCGUUCACGACCCAGCCGCCCUUCCGUCGGAAAAGAUAACUUCUCUGAUCGAAGAUGGAGGUUUCGAAGCUUCUAUCAUUUCUUCGGAAGCACAUGCUUCCACUUCGAAGACGAUACACCAGGUCAACAUGAGCCUCCACGGUCCACGGGAUGCAUCCUCGGCGAUGGCUCUGGAGGAUGCUCUCGUUCAAAAACUAGGUAUCACUUCCGCAUCAGUGAACAUGGCUACCUUCCGAAUGUCUUUAUCGUACGACUCCACUGUCAUUGGGAUUCGCUCCGUGGUAGAAGCGAUCGAAACUUCUGGGUAUAACGCCUUGUUGGCCGAUUCGGACGACACAAAUGCGCAACUCGAAUCCCUUUCGAAAACCAAAGAGAUCCAAGAAUGGAAGCGCGCCUUUUUGGUUUCAGUAUCAUUUGCAGUCCCUGUUUUCGUAAUUAACAUGUUUCUACCAAUGUACUUGCCGGCUAUUGACUUUGGCAACUUUGCAUUACUCCCUGGAAUCUUUCUGGGAGACGUGGCCUGCCUACUGUUGACUAUUCCUGUUCAGUUCGGGAUAGGCAACCGGUUUUACAUCUCGAGUUACAAGUCUCUGAAGCAUCGUUCGCCCACCAUGGAUGUUCUCGUCAUGAUGGGCACAUCUGCUGCCUUCUUUUACAGCGCUUUUACCAUGAUUGUCGCUCUGUUGUUCGCCCCUCAUAAACGGCCCAGUACUGUCUUCGACACCAGUACAAUGCUUAUUACUUUCAUCACUUUGGGACGAUGGUUAGAAAACAGGGCUAAGGGUCAGACAUCGGCUGCUCUUUCCCGGCUCAUGUCAUUGGCUCCAUCCAUGACUACCAUCUACGAUGACUCGAUUGCAGCUGAGAAGGUCGCCGAAGAGUGGUAUAGCACCAAAGCCAAAUCAGAUUCAAAAACAACAAGUUCAACGAUUGACGAACCUUCGGGGCCAGGGCUCAAGUACAUUCCCACGGAACUCAUCGAAGUGGGCGACAUUGUUCUUCUUCGUCCUGGUGACAAAGUUGCCGCAGACGGUAUUGUUAUCCGUGGAGAAAGCUAUUCCGAUGAGAGCAUGAUUACUGGUGAAGCUCUCCCUGUCCAUAAGAAGAAGGGUAGCCUGGUCAAUGCUGGAACUGUGAAUGGUACUGGCUCCGUGGAUGUUAAAGUAAUCCGUGCUGGCAAGGACACGCAGUUGAGCCAGAUUGUCAAAUUGGUCCAAGAUGCGCAAACAAGCCGAGCUCCCAUUCAACGCAUGGCCGACGUGGUGGCAGGUUAUUUUGUUCCCAGCAUCAUUACGCUUGGGUUAGUUACGUUCUUUGGCUGGAUGAUAACCAGCCACCUGUUGCCAAAUCCACCUAAGAUCUUUGUCUCAGAGGGCGGUGGAGGCAAAGUGAUGGUUUGCUUGAAGCUUUGCAUCUCGGUCAUUGUCUUCGCUUGCCCGUGUGCAUUGGGUCUCAGUACCCCUACCGCAGUCAUGGUCGGCACUGGAGUUGGUGCACAACAUGGCAUUCUGGUCAAGGGUGGUGCGGUGCUUGAAGCUGCCACUAAAGUUGACCAUGUAGUCUUCGACAAGACAGGAACUCUGACUUCAGGGAAAAUGAGCGUGACUGAAGCUCAACUGGAAGCCGUUUGGAAGUCGAGCGAGUCUCGUCGUCAGCUUUGGUGGUUGAUUGUCGGUCUCGCAGAAAUGAGUAGUGAGCAUCCUAUUGGUAAGGCUGUUUGCUCUACCGCCAAAGACGAAUCCGGUCACCCAGGAGAAGAUGGAAUGCCCGGGAGCGUGGGCGAAUUCGAUUCCUGCACAGGAAAAGGUAUCUCCGCUGUCGUGGAGCCAACUUCCAGUGUUGGACGCACACGCUACCGCGUUCUGCUAGGAAAUAUGCCAUUCUUGCGAUCCCGGGAUGUGCCAGUUCCUGAGAGCGCCGAUUUUGAUUCGCAAACUUCAGUCGACCGAACGUCAAUAAGCUCCAAGCCUGGAUCAUUUGCCGGUAUCACGCAAAUCCACGUUGCAAUCGAUGGCCAAUAUGCCGGUACUAUCUCCCUCCGUGACACCAUCAAGGUCAGCGCUGUGGCGGCCGUUGCGGCUCUCCAUCGUAUGGGGCUCUCAACCUCCCUGAUCACCGGAGACACGCAUUCCACCGCUGUCGCAAUCGCCACAGCAGUCGGUAUCCCAACCAGCUCCGUCCAUGCCUCUGUCUCCCCCUCAGACAAGCAAUCCAUCAUUGCCUCCUUGCAAGAAUCCGGAGAGCGCGUAGCGAUGGUUGGUGACGGCAUCAACGACUCCCCAGCCCUGGCUACGGCUUCAAUCGGAAUCGCCCUCGCCUCAGGCACAGAUGUCGCCAUGGAAGCCGCAGACGUCGUCCUAAUGCGCCCCGACGACCUCCUCUCCGUACCCGCCAGUCUCUCCCUGUCCAAGUCCGUCUUCAACCGCAUCAAAAUGAAUCUCAUGUGGGCUUGUUUGUACAACCUUAUCGGCCUCCCCUUCGCCAUGGGCCUUUUCCUCCCCUUUGGCGGAAUGAUGUUACCCCCUAUGGCCGCGGGAGCUGCCAUGGCUGCCUCGAGCGUGUCUGUCGUCGUGAGCAGUCUGCUCUUGAAAUUUUGGAAACGGCCCCGGUGGAUGGACGCUGAGAAACUGGAAAAGGAGUUUGAGAUGGGACAUGCCCAGAUUGGUGCUCGUGGAUCCCAGAAGAAGAGUUGGUGGACGGCUGCACUCUCGGUUACAGGAUCCCCUCGGAAACCCGUCUCGCAGCGUGUCAAGGGUGCGGGACUUGCUAUCUGGUCACUUGUUACUGGCAAGAAGACCAGGGCGGGUGAUGAUGAGGGAUACGUUCCGCUGCAGACGGUUGAGCCUGUUUAA